AUGGCAUCAUCCACAUCUACACCAUCAGCUGGAGAGGCGAACCCGGCUGGCUCUUCAUCUCAACGCAAUCUGAAAGCCGCGGACCGUCUCGUUGAUAGCCUAUUCCUGAACCCCGAGUACAGUGACAUGGAGAUUAUCUGCGGUAGCAGAACCUUCCAAGCUCACCGGGUCAUAGUGUGUUCCCGGUCAGACUGGUUCAAGAAGGCCUGCGGCAGUGAAUUCAAGGAAGCUUCUGGAAAGAUCAAACUACCAGACAAAGAUGCGAUCCUAAUCGAGGUUGUGCUGGAAUUUCUUUACAAGAAUGAAUACACUGUGGAUGGAAUGGCCCAGGAUACAUGCACUCCAGCCGACGAGAAUUCUCCACUUACAAACCAAUUCGGAACUAAGAAGAGAAAACCAAAAUUUAAUGCAAAGGAGUCCCCAUCAAAGCGUCAGAAGCCGGCAGCCAUGAACUUUUACGUCCCAGAGGAGGACAAGACCCCAGAGAUGACCAAGGACGUUAAUCUGGACGCGGAACCGUGGUCGACCAACUGGCCCCCUUUGUCUAAGUGUCCCGCAAGCUAUUUCCAUGCCAGAGUUUUUGCAGAAGCUGACUACUUCAUGAUCGAGGAACUAAAACAAGCCGCAAAGAGCAAAUUUAACAAAUCGCUCUAUGCCUGUGAUACAACCUGGCGAUUGGAACUUCUCAUUCUAGAAUUGUGGUCCCAGCGAGCCGACUAUGGAGAGCUGCGGUCUAUUCUCAUGAAAUUUGUUACGAUGCAGAUGGGAACUAUGCACAAAGUCUUCAUCCAGCUAGACCGCAAGUUCCUCGAGGCCGUCCCUCGAUUUACGGCAGACUUUGCCUGGGACUACAUUGAGUGGCAGCGUGAAAAUUCGAAAGAUACAAGAAAGGAAUGA